UAUAGUAAGUAGCAGUUGCUCCAGCAGCUGGCCUGCCCCUCCAGGGUGAGCUCUGGGCUCCGUAUAUAAGGGAAGGAGCAGCCUUUGCUUUUCAUCCCUCCGAUCGCUCCCCGGCUGGGCGGCAGGACUCAUCCCGCACCUCCGCAAAUCCCGGCGCGAUGCCGCUCAGGAAACCCGACCCGAAGAAGGAAGCGGCCAAAGCAGCUCCAGGCUCGGAGCCUGCCUUCGAUCCCAAGAGCGUGAAGAUUGAAUUCACGGCAGAGCAGAUUGAAGAGUUCCGAGAAGCCUUCGGGCUGUUUGACCGGACGCCCGCGGGGACGAUGCAGAUCAGCUACGGACAGUGCGGGGACGUGCUCCGGGCGCUCGGCCACAACCCCACCAACGCAGAGGUCCUCAAGGUGCUGGGCAAGCCCAAACCAGAAGAAAUGAACACAAAGAUGCUGGACUUUGAGACCUUCCUCCCCAUCCUGCAGCACUUCACCCGCAACAAGGAGCAGGGCACCUUCGAGGACUUCGUGGAAGGGCUGCGAGUCUUCGACAAGGAGGGCAACGGGAUGGUCAUGGGGGCCGAGCUGCGCCACGUGCUGGUCACUCUGGGAGAGAAGAUGACGGAAAGCGAGGUGGAGCAGCUCAUGGCAGGGCAGGAAGAUGCCAACGGCUGCAUCAACUAUGAAGCUUUCGUCAAGCACAUCAUGUCUGGCUGAAGUGAGAAACUUCAGGUGAGUUCAGUGACCAUUCCUGCUGCUCACUCCAAAAUUGGAAACCCUGCAAGCAACAACCAGGGGCAGAGAAGCCAAGACCCAAACCUGCAGUGGAUUAAUGCCACAGGAAUAAUCCCAGCUCUGAAGGCACAGAAGUUGUGUUGAUGAUAAGGAAUUUCAUUUGUAACUCCUGCCAAUAAAAAUGUAUGAGGACAGCA